AUGCGCCUCGCAUACUACGCCGGCGCCUCAACGGCCGCUGCAGCAGCUUGCCUGCUGAAGGCCUUCCACCAGCGCCCCAACUUCUACAGCGCGACCGUCUACCUGUCCCAGUCCAACGCAUGUCUCCUCAUUCUCACGAACCUCGUCCUCGUCCUGGCGUGCAGCUUCAUGUUCGCUCUCCAGCGACUCCUCUAUGGCCCCCUCCGACCGAUCGAGAUCGAGCAGCUGUCCGAGAAGGCUUGGUAUGCUGUUCUUGACACUCUACUGGCUAUGCCGAGCUUUAGAGAAGACGUUGGAGGUUGGCUGUUGACUAUGUUUGUGCUGCUUUUGGCUGGCAAGGUCUGGGGUUGGAUUGGAGAGGGAAGAGUGGAUAUACUGGAGCAACAGCCGCCUGCCAAUCCUCGUUUGUUCCAUGCGAGGCUAUCUACGAGUCUCAUCGUGAGCGUGAUCUUCGACGCGUUGAUGCUGAAUUACUGCGUGGAGACGGUUAUUGCGGAUCCCAGGCCAGGAAUGAUGGUGAUCUUCACGUUUGAAUUUGCCAUUCUGAGCAUCUUCUCUAUCUUUACGCUGGCGAGAUAUAUGCUGAGCUUGGCGGAAACGAGCAUUGUCAAGAAGCAGACGAAGCUGGCGAUUGAGACGCGCAAGAGCGAGAUACAAGCUGAGAGGGUUGCGGCUAGACAGAGCCAAGGGGAUACACCUGCAGCUGCUCCGGCUGAUGAGGAACCGAUCGAAGUGGACGAAAACGAAGUCGACGUGCCCGGAUGGGAAGAGAAGAGACGAUACCUCUUUGCUUUGGAAGUCUUGACAGACUUCGUCAAGCUGAUGAUUUACAUUAUUUUCUUUACGGUCAGCAUCACAUUCAACGGGCUGCCGAUGCAUAUCAUGCGCGAUGUGUACAUGACAUUCGCUUCAUUCAGCAAGCGCGUGAGCGAUUACGUGGCAUACCGCAAAGCCACCAGCGACAUGAAUUCGAGAUAUCCGGACGCAACGACGGAGGAGAUUCGUGGAGAUGCGUGUAUUGUAUGUCGGGAGAGCAUGGUGGCUUGGGAACAACCGAAUGCUGGUGGUGAUGCGCAGCCAGCGGGCGAGCAAGGAGCUGCUGCACCUGCACCAGCCAGGCGGAGAGACGAAGGCCUCAGGGCGAAGAAACUACCUUGUGGACACAUCCUUCAUUUGCGGUGCCUGAAGGCAUGGCUCGAGCGACAACAAGCUUGCCCUACUUGCCGGAGACCUGUCAUUACCACCAAUGCACCGCAAAAUGGUGCUGCUGCUCCUGGCGGCAACCCACCAGCCCAAGGACAGCAAGGACAACAGCAACCUCGGCCGCCACGCGCACGAAUGUUCAAUCUUGGGCCACUUCGAGUCGGCUUCCUCAACGCGCCUGCCAACCAGAUGCAGAAUGUCAUCAACCAAAUACAAAAUCCGAAUGGUGCUGCUAAUCAGAAUCAACAAGACGCCAACCAACAGGGUGCCCCUCAGCAAGGACCAAAUCAUCUUGGUCUUCAGGUGCCUUACGCCAAUGGCGCUGGUGUAGCACAGACAGGUCCCGCAGCCACUUCAAGAGGUCUGACCGGACUCAGAGCAGCUGUACCUCUUGACCUGCAACUCCUGCAGCUGGAACAGCGCAUUAUGCAAGAGGCACACAAUCUCAACCUCGAUCAGCAACGGCUGGCGAACCUAAGAGUAAUGGAAGCUGAAGUGGCUCGGUUACGCAGCCAACGACUUCCUGCUCAGCAAGCAGUCGGCAUGAAUGGUGCUCAGAGGCAAAUGCCACCUCCACAGGCGGCGUUCCCUCACAUACCCAUGUAUGGCCAGAUGCCUGCAAUGAUGCCGAUGUUUCAAGGCUUCCCGCCGCCGUCUCCUCCACCUGGUCCGCUGACUGGAAACUCUGCCCAGCAGCUAGAUAGCAGCAGUCAGAGCUUACCGGAAGGACUUGUCCUCCCUGAAGGAUGGACCUUGAUGCCUUUGCAGCGUGUGCAGGGCACUCAACCUCAAACGUUUGACCCAUCUCAAGGUCAACAGGUCGAGAAUGGCCCUCAGGCGGUUGAUACCACAGUAGCUGCUGAUCCCGUCACUGCUGUCGUAGAGUCUGCCGGUGUUAAUGGACAGCCAACACAGAAUGGAACGUCGAAUACUGGACCCACGGACGAUAAUGGCUCACCUUUGUUCGUGCCCACGACCACCAACAACGUAGCUGAGAGUCAAACAGCUGCCGCUCCCGCCGGGCCAAUCUCACAACAAAGUGAGCCACCGGCCGCAGCAAGUAGUUGGGGCUUCAACGAACAGCCAGCAGCCUCUUCACAACAACCACAAGAAGACUCAUCGUCCCACCCUGCAGCGAAUGGCAGCUACACGGGCAAGGGCAAAGCGAAGGCGGUCGAGGUGGAAGAUGCACCUGAUCCUGAAGCAUAA